AAAAUGGCGACCACUAGUAUGUGGAGGAGAUGGCGACAUUUCCAACAAAUGUUGUGGCUUUCGGAUAAGUGGAAAACUAAAGGAAUUCAGCAUGUUUGUAGACAAGUCAGUACUCAAAGCAAAAGAACUACUAAACGAUAUCCCUGGGCUUGGGUUGGCUCGCUAGCUUUUGGUGUAUUCUUGGGUUAUGGACUACCCAAAUUUUUUAAAAGUCGGAAAGAUAGCUCCAUCGUGAAAGCGAAAUCAGUUCCCAGAGAUGACAUGUCGUCAAAUUCGGGAUCACCACCUCGGUCAGUAACAUUUAAUUUCAUCGCGGACGCUGUAGAGAUAGCGGCCCCCGCUGUUGUAAACAUUGAAGUCACGGGACGACACGCGGGAUUUUUUAGGGGACAUGUUGGUCCCACUAGUGCCGGGUCGGGAUUUAUUGUCACUGAGGACGGUAUGGUUCUUACGAAUGCACAUGUGGUGGAAAAUGCUGUGAAUGUGAGUGUUAAACUAAAAGAUGGCCGAGAAUUUAGUGGCACUGUGAUUGAUAUUGACUUGGAGAAUGAUUUAGCAGCUGUCAAGUUGGAUCCAACUAAGGUUAGUAUGUAACCCGUUGGGGGGGAAAUACUCCGAAUUAAAGGAAGGGUAUGAUCGAAGGACUUUUUUGGGUUGAAAAUGUGGCAAGUAUCUUUUUGUAGUGCCUUGACUUUUUUCGGGGACGGAGGGGUGGGUAUUUAAAAUGUUGUAGAACCACCCAUGCAUACCAGCUGGUUCUAGUCUACCAGGCCCCAGUUGUUCAAAAGGUGGAUAACACUAUCCACUGGAAAAAAUUGCUAUCCAGUGGAUAGUGCAAUUUAUUGUUUGUCCUAAUACUUGUCUGCUGAAUAGUGGUAGGAUGGUACAUUUUUUUGCCUGUUAUAUCAUUGAAUCCUUUACGGAAAAUUUAUAAAGAGUGGUUGUUUAGCAUGGGAUUCUUUUGGGGUUAAUUUUUGGUUCAGGGAUUUUUUGGGUUUUGUUGGAAGCUCUAGAAAUUUUUUGGGGGGGUUUUGAGUUUUGCCCCCUUUAGCUGUAAAGUACCCCCUGGGGUAACUUAUCUUACUUCCCUUAAAGAAAGGAAAAAAAAAAUGUCCCCAUGUCCACACCUUUAGGCAAACCCAAAAGGGUGGAGAUGAAAAUAGAGGUGGAAUACCCCACAUAUACAGAGGUCUCCUUGUGAUAACAUUGAUAGGUGGUUUGUUGUCCUUGCCUUCCUCCCCUGAAUAACACUCACAUACUCAUACUACUCUAUGCAGACAUAUCUGUUGCAGUUAAUUUUUGUUUUUCCUUUGUUUUAAAUUCAUUAGCACACAUUACCAUACCCAAAAACAAUGGAAAAAUAGAAAUUCACUGAAAUAAAAAAUUAACCACAACAUAUCUACUAGAAAGACAACAUACGUAGAUUUCAUUCUUCCAACUACAGUACGAAAAUAAACAAAACUGCUUCGCUUGAGUUGGUUACACUUUGCAAGAAAGUUUGUUUUGCUGUUCUUAGUGUUAAGCAUUUCACUGUAAAAGUGGGGGUGGGGCGGGGCAGCAUCUUAUGUAAUCUCUACUCACUGAUGAAUCACAGUACAUUAUUAUUCUUUCAUGUUCGCUAUAUGUUAUAAUAUUUUAUCAUUCUAGGAUAAAAAUUCCUUUCAAUUCUGUACAUUGUUCCAGAAUAUUAGGUUUCCUACUCUGACCCUUGGCUCGUCUGCUACAAUUCGCCCUGGAGAAUGGGUGAUAGCAAUGGGUAGUCCUCUACAGCUGAGCAAUACAAUAACAGCGGGAAUUGUCAGCACUGUGCAUCGAGCUGGGGAAGAGAUUGGACUGCCAAACAGAGAGAUGGAAUAUAUCCAAACAGAUGCAGCUAUAAAUGUAAAUCAUUAGCUUUAAUGUUGAUACAGGUUGAGAUCUUGGGUGGGAGAAGGGAUGAGGGUUGUCAAAAAAAAUAAAAUAAAAUCUGAGUUGGAUCACGUAAAGCAAUAAGUGACAGAACUCACUGCAAGUCAGAUAGUGAGGGGAUAAGAAAAACAAAAUUUAUUGUAGGGCAAAGGUACUGAAAAAUUAAAGGGGAUGGCAAAAGUCAGCAGACUGACUGAAUCUUUCCCAUGGAGACAGUACACCUUUUUGACUGUCAGUCCAACAAAUUGUUAGUCUCCUUUGCAGCCGUUUCAUUGUUAUCACACAAUAAGCACUAUGUGAUCACAGUAAAAUAGGUCAGUGAGACUUACAAAUUUGUGAGAGAGUUUAAAAUAAAUCAUUAUAAAUAAUGGCAAAGAGGCCGUGGAGUUGGUAGAAAAUGUUGGCGACUAAUGUGCUGUUUAUGCUCUGAAACCCAGAGUCUAUGCAUGCUCCAGCUUUGUUCCUUAACUCUUCAAGUAUCAUGAGCGACCAGUACACCAGCCAAGUGCCAGUGUUUGCCACAAAAAACUGAUUUGGUUAAUUGUGUUUUUCUCUCUAUAAAGGUUGGAAACUCUGGCGGACCUCUUGUUAAUCUGGUAUGGCUGUUAGUAUUUAAUAAUAUAUGUUAUCAAUUUUAUACGUAUUUUCAGUCUUCUUCUAAACUAUUGGCAGAAUGAAUCAGAUGUGUUCUUGAAAACAAAACUCAUUGAAUUAAAAGGGCAAAAUAUUCUCCAUAGUUUUAUGAGGAUGUUGAAAAAAAGUAGAAGCCAAAAGUUGAAUUGAAUUGAUCAAUCUUACACAAGAUACUGGUAAGCAUUUGCUAGUUAAUAUCAAUGUAAGUUUUCAACUUGGGAGAUUAUGUGUUAUGGAAACAAAUUAUUGGAAGCCUACUGGUUUCAAAGCUGUGAAAUCCAGGUUGGCAGUACCCAAGGUUUUCACAAAAACUAAGAUUUUCAGCUGCCUAUGGGCAAAAGUUUGUCACCAGGAGCUGUUGGUUUCUACUAUAGCACAGCCCUGUGUAACUUCCUUUUUUUUCAAAAUAAUACAAUAAGCUGAUUUGCGGUUUCUAUACAGGAUGGUCAUGCUAUUGGUAUUAAUGCAAUAACCGUGAGGUUUGCUGCCGGAAUUUCAUUCUCCAUUCCAAUUGAUGCUGCCAAAGAUUUCCUAUCAGGAGCAAUUGAAAGAGUUAAGAGUGGUAAAUAUUUGGGCAGAAAUACAAGGCAACCACUUGCACCUCACCAGCGCUGGUAUAUUGGAGUCAGCAUGUUGACAUUGACUCCACAGAUUCUUGCAGAGUUACGACGCAGGGACCAAAGUUUUAACAAAAUUACAUCUGGAGUGUUUGUUCCACAAGUGAAUUAUGGUUCGCCUGCACACAGGUAAGUUAUUAACUAAGGAAAUUAUAAAUCUCUUAUAAUAUACCAUAUUUUCUUGAUUAAACACCAGGCCUCAAAUGCCGGCUCAUAAAGGAGCAGCUGUAAAAUUAACAAGCCCCUCAGACUUAAUGGUGUACAAUAAACUGAUAGAGUACAAAAGCAAGAUACACAGCUGUCAAGAAAAGGCGUAUAAACUACAAAUUCAAACUAACACUUGGGGCGUUUUAGUAAUUGAGAAAAUAUAUUAUGGUAAUGCAUUACCAUAAUUAAGUGUGUCCUCCUCAGUGAGAAAACAGGCAAUGGACAUUUCAAGUUGGUUCGUGCCUUUCUGUACUCCUUUAAAUUAAAUGUAUAAGACAGGCAUCUCUCAAAGAAAGCUGGUCCCAAUUUUUUAGUCCAAGAGAGGGAGGAAAGAAGGACCACCUGAUCACAGGUGAAAGAGAGAGUUGCGCUCUACACCUUUUGGUAAAUACAGUCGAACCUCCACCAAUGGCAUGGAUUUCUCAACAAUGGACAGUCCACCUCUCUACAACAGCCACUUUGUUCUGUCCCCAAAGUGGCUUUUGUGGAGAGGUUCAACUGUAUGCUCUUUUUCUUUCAGGGGUGGUUUACGAUCGGGCGAUAUUAUCACAAAGAUGAAUGGUAAGACCACAGAAUCCUCAAAACAAGUCUACCAGCAUGUCCACAAAGGAGAAACUCUUAAAAUAGAGGUCAAAAGAGGUGAACAGUAUCUUAACUUUACUGUGCAACCAGAAGUUGUGGGAUAGAAGUAUCACGCACAAAAGUGAGACUUAUUGACAAAACUGUGUUGUUCAGGGCAAUGAAUCUUAUGCAAUAAAAUAAUUUUAUUAUUGUGGGUUAUACUUGAAAACUUGUUCAACAAUAUACUAAUUACUUGAACCCAUUUGGUGAUACACAAAGUGUACAAAGAUUAUUUAUGUUUAG